AUGGGUAUUAAAAUCAGCGAAAAGUUUGUCAAUGAUCUAACCACCAAGCUUAUCAAGGCCGCCGAUGGUGGUAAAAGCCUGGAGGUAGCCGACCCCGAAGAGGUUGGACGAUAUGUCUGCUCCGUCCUGGCGUUGGGUUGUGAACUCAUUCCUGUUGUUGGAAGCAGUCUCGGCGCGCUUGUCACACUGUUUGGAAGUAUAUUCUUUCACCCGAAUGCAACUGAGAAGAUGUGGGAGAAACUGAGAGAUCGCAUCGAGGCACUCGUUGAUACCAAAAUCGCAGAAACUCAGAUGGUCAUUCUUAGGAAGAAGAUCCGAGGGUUUCGCGACAAUAUGGAUAACUAUAAACGGGUCUGGGAAGACUACAGGGAUUCGACGGGUGAGGAACAGUUGAGAGCAAGGGAUACGCUCAAAACAACUCAUAUCGGCUUUUUGAUCGUGGUCAGGACUGCCAUUCCCGAGUUUCGGGUGGAACAAUUUGACGUACCUUCUCUUCCGUUAUUUGCUCUUGCAGCCAAUAUCCACCUCAUGCUACUAUCCGAUGGCAUCAGACACGGCAAGGCCUGGGGCUACUCGGAAACGAACAUCAACACCAUGCGUGCCGAGUUCAAGAAGAAAACGUCGCCUCAGGGUGUUGCGGUACAUGCAGCAAGCAUCGCCUCGGAACAGAGCCAUCUACUCAAAGGAGCUAUUGCCACAGCCAUCAACCAGGAAAUUCCAAUGAAUGUAGUCGAUACUUGGAAAGGUGCAUAUUCAGACCUUACUAUUUAUGCAUCGGGAUCCGCCGGGAAUGGAGAGGGCUACGACGAUCUAGACUAUGUGACCUACGCCUACAAAGUCUAUCGGAAGGGGCGAGGAAAGGUCAAGGCUUACAAGGCGGAACUCAAUGACGCCGACAACAGAGGAAGCGCAGCUGCAGCCAGGCUUAGGGCCUACGCAGACUACGACUCCGGCAUGAUCAUGAAUGUACUCAACUACGCCGAGUACUGGCCAUAUCUGGCUGGAGACGAGAUGCCAGAGUCUGUGUUGAGAAAAUUGGAUCGAGAGAUCUACUUUGGCCCGUUUGGCCGUCAUACGACUAAUGCUACGUGGAGCGAGUCCAGUGAAUCUCCUAUCAGCGACCGUGGUCCUCCCAUUACUUCCGCGUACGUGAGGGGAUGGGAUGACAUUGAUGGAUUGCAGAUGAGAUACGGAGACUCCUGGGGUCAUGCUUAUGGAUCGACUACUGGGGGUGCGCCCAAACAACUUGACCUCGCUGAGGACGAAUAUUUCUACUGGGUAAGCGUCUACUACGGACAAAAGCUAGGAAAGGUCAGGUUCUGGAAUAAUAAGGACAAACCUUUGGAAUGUGGCAGUGGAAAACAUGGAUCGUAUUAUGGCUGUGCUGCACCACCAGGCUACAGGUUGACAAACGUCCACAUAACUAAGUGGGAGAGCUUUACUCCGCCAGGCUGCGAGGGUAUCAUCUUGGGCUUCAGACCAUCUAUUAUUGAGUUUACACCGAACUAG